CAGCCCCAGCUCCAGAGACAUGGCGGGCGUUAAAGCUCUUGUGGCACUCUCCUUCAGUGGGGCAAUUGGGCUGACCUUUCUUAUGCUGGGAUGUGCCUUGGAGGACUAUGGCGUUUACUGGCCCCUGUUCGUCUUGAUUUUCUACGUCAUCUCCCCCAUCCCCUACUUCAUUGCCAAAAGGGUCACCUAUGACUCGGACGCGACUAGCAGUGCCUGUCGGGAACUGGCAUAUUUCUUCACCACUGGGAUUGUUGUUUCUGCCUUUGGAUUUCCUGUUAUUCUUGCUCGCGUGGCUGUGAUCAAGUGGGGAGCCUGUGGUCUUGUGCUGGCUGGCAAUGCUGUUAUUUUCCUCACGAUCCAAGGCUUCUUCCUCGUCUUUGGGAGAGGAGAUGAUUUCAGUUGGGAACAGUGGUAGCACUUCCUUCUCAUGGGAAGCAUGGAGUGUCUUAGAAUUUGUAUUGUACGUAUAUGUGUGCACUUGUGUUUUCUUACAGAUUUGAAUAUGCUGAGUUUUAUACCUUUAUAUCAUGAUCAUCUUAGGGAAGAUGUUGUAAACAAACGAUGAGUUUUACUCCUGGCAAACAGGUCACUCCAUUGACUCAAAGUGAAUUGUUUUUAUCUUCUGGUUCCCAGAAAACCUGUUACUAUGGCCCUGUAGACAGCCACUCAUUUACCCAGGGGGUCUAAACCUUUGGGAUAUGCUUGUGUAAUCAGAAACACUGGGGCAGCAGAUCUCCUACAGCUCAAACGUAAGUGGCGCUCUCCCCGUACCCUGUAGACUCAUCUCAGAGUGAGUCUCAUGCACACAGAGCAUCAGCGUCUGCUAGGGGGCUACUGGGGAUGCAGGAUCAGAGAAUCCCAUCAGGAUCAGAGAAUCCCAUGGGUACCGUGGAUGAGAUUCCACACUUGGCACAUACUGAUGUGUAAGAAGAUUUGUGUAGAGAAAUGUACAUCGCAGCUCUGCUGUCUUCCUCUUGGCACAGCCACUUGCCUUCUCUGGGUGUUGCAUGCUCAUUUGCAGAAAAAACAAAACAAAACAAAACAAAAAAAACCCACCUGCCCCAUGUUGUGAAUGAAUUCAGACUUUAGGUGUUUCUAACAUGUUUAAGUCUAUAAUAUUUGUGUUGUUCCUGAAAUUUGGGGGGCGGGAGGGGCUGUUCUUAGGAAGGAACAGAUAAGUCCUAACAUCAUCUAAAAGGCAAUGGCUGAUUGCUCAGAAUAAGUUACAAAAAUAACCAAAAAUCCUCUCUGGGGUGCAGAGAGGGAAAUGGGGAUGGAAUUGGUCCCUACUUUAAGUGGAGGGCAGGUUAGACAAUUCUUGAAAAUGUCCCUUCAAGAGGUGGUGCUCCCCCCGCCCCUCUGUGGUGCCCCCAUCCCCGACUCACAUUCCCCUUUGGUAGGUAGUGGGCCUCCUGAAGGGCUUAAGUCAAGAGCAAGCGAAGGGCAGGGGUCAUUGAAGUCACACCUCAGCGCACUGUUCGUCCUUUGUAUUGAACUUGAUGUCACCUCCUCAGGAAACACAGGGGUCCACGUCACGUUGGUUUUUCUAGCUCCUCUCUUUUAUCUGGACCCUAGCGGGAGAAGGUUCAAAACUACAAUUACCCUCUAAGGAUGUCAUCAGCGGCGUUUCGGUGUUGAUGCUGCUAGUUAAUGAGUGUUCAGAGCACUCUCCUUUGAGGCUUGUGGUCAGAGGAAUGGACACACCAGGCCAGGGCUGGCCGCUGUGACGCUGGGACCAGCAGGUGAACGGACAGAGGACAGUGUGCAGUGUUACUUUUUGGCCUGUGCAGUACAUUAUGUUUUCAAUAUUUUGUGUACAUAUAAAAUUGUUAGAGCUGUCAUUUCUAGUAUUUACAUUAGAAAAAUUAUUUAGAUACAUGAUCAUUUAACUGGCAUUUUUAAUCAUGGCACUUGCUGUUGUAAUAAAUUUGACUUUUAACACUGAA